CUCUGAAUAACAGGCAGCUGCAAUUGACAUGAAAACUCCUCGGGGCGUAAUCCAUCCAUCCACUUUUUCCACCUCUUUCUUGUCUCUUCACUUUUCGAUUCGCGCGUGUGAACAAAGUUUGGCUUCAGGCAGCCACAGAGAUCAAUAGACUCGAUCAGCUCAGCUCCAGUCCAGUAACAGCGGUCAACUGCCACCGGCUUAGCAUUUCCAACCUGCAUUUCUCAACAUCUUAUAUAUCCCACUUCGCCCUCUCUUCACUUUACAUACUUCGAUAAACCAAAUCGCUCCAUUUGGUCGGUACAACCAACUACCAUACCGAAUUGAAGAAAAGCUACAAUAGCGCAGGUUGCCUCAAUCCCCGUAUCCUCGACCGAACAAUUUCCUUCCCAACGAGCCGUCCUUCAAGCCUUGGUUCUCCCAGCCAAGCAAGGCUUCGGAGGCAACCCAGCAAUCCACGAAACUGGCGCUUUUCCCCUUCCUGCGACGCCUCUUUGGCCCUCGCGCACACACCCGAUCGACUCUCGUCCGAUAUCUCUUGCCCUCGACCGUCCGCGACCGAUACCGCGAACACCUGUUCAACUUCCGCCACCGUACCCUCCCGCGACACAAGGUUCGAUUGCAGACGAGGAUAUACCGGUUCAUCCUUGAACGAAGAAGGAAGAAACAGGCGGGUGGGAGAUUGGUGGAUAUCAUCCGCCGCCAGAGCCGGCGGUUGGUGUAUGGGACCGGUGGUGGUGCCGGCGUCAGGAAGAGUAUUGGCAUAGGUAGAGCGAGCGGUGGCGGACUCGGCCCGGGACUUGUUGGGAGGAGGUCUUUACCUUGGAAGCAACAACGAUUACUACGAGAUCGAGAAGAGACAAGCAACACGAACACGAACGGACCCGACGACAGCCAAGCUCAAGCGCCGUCGCAGCGCAAAACCGACGCCAACGACAAGAUGACGUCCCCAUACACCCACGGCUACACCGGCCAGUAUGGCGCCAACGAACAACCAUAUGAAUCCGGUUCCCGCCGCCGAAAACUCGCCGCCAUGGCCGGCAGCGUCUACCGCGCCGGCGUAGCGGCUGCCUCCGAGAUCCGCGAGCAAUACAGCCAAACUCGCCUGACGCGCGACAUGGGCGAUGGAUCGCCAGAGCAGGUGCACAUCCCGGGUGCGUUCCCGGAGGUACCUAUUAUUCACAAGGGACAGGAGCAGUUGAUUUUGUUUCCUUCGUACGCAAAGCGGCAUGUCAAGGGUAUUCACCUGCCUAGGCGGCCUUCGGACUUGGGCGGGAAUGCGUACGGCACACCGAACGGAGGCGGGAACGGUAUUGGCCCUGGAGUGGAUGAGCGGGAUUACUGGACAGCAGAGUGGAACAGGCAUGAGGAUGAGAAGGCUGUGGUGGAUGUGGACAUUCGAGGCUGGAUUUAUAUGCCACCUAAGGGUCCGAUGUCGAGGAAGAAUCGCAUGGUGAUGGGGGUUGCGAGAAGGCUGAGCGGGCUACCACAGACUGCAGCGCUGCAGGCAGGUGCAGGGCCGCAACAGGGAGGCGGUGAUUUGCGGAGGACGGUGACUGAUCUGGAAGGGCUUGGGGAAGAGGAAAGGAUCGCGAAGGAGGCGAGGGAGAUUGAACGGAGAGGACAGGGCGAGAAGGAAGCGGCUAUCAGAGGCGAGUACAGUGAGCGGCCUAGGGCUGAUGAUAUGGAUGAUGGGUUUGGCGCAAUGAGGCAACGACGCUCGCCAUCGCCACCGAAUUCGACAGCGCCGGUGAGGACGAACUCCGGCUUGGGGGCAUUUCCCUCGGAGAUGACGGAGGCGGAAUUGGCGGCUGCGAACGCGAGUCUGAAUGCGCGGUUGGCGCCGUUCAUGGCUACGCCGCUGGUCGGGUUGCCUAUCACGCUCUUCUUCUACAACGAUCAGCGGUCCAAGUCCAAGACGAUUGAGACGAAUGCGUCAGGUCACUUUAUCGCUCGCGUACCGUUGGACUUUGUCCCGACACACUUCCGAGUGCUUGCCAACGAGAACAUCUCAACCACCCAGCCUGUCGAGGUUAUCGAGCCAAGGGGAGUCAGUUUAAUCAGCGAUGUCGACGACACCAUUAAGCGAUCGAAUAUUAAUGGUGGUGCCAGGGAGAUUUUCAGGAAUACCUUCGUCCGUGAAUUGGCGGAUCAGACUAUUGACGGUGUCAAAGAGCUAUAUACUUCUCUGCACAAUAUGGGAGUGAAGCUGCAUUAUGUUUCCAACAGUCCGUGGCAACUGUACCCCGUGUUGGCGACCUUCUUCCACAAAGCUGGGUUACCUCCUGGCUCGAUAGACUUGAAGCAGUACAGCGGUAUGCUGCAGGGUAUCUUUGAGCCAGUUGCCGAAAGAAAGAAGGGUACUCUGGAGAGGAUAUUACGCGACUUUCCUGAAAGGAAGUUUCUCCUUGUGGGCGACAGCGGAGAGGCUGACCUGGAGGUUUACACUGACCUGGCGCUGGCUUAUCCCGGUAGGAUAUUGGCCGUGUUCAUAAGAGAUGUCACCACACCCGAGCAGGUGGACAUGGGGUAUUUCACUUCGAACACACAGGCUACGGACAGGAACAAUGGACUUGAGAGAAGCGACAGCGGCAGGAGGAGAGCACAGACUAUGCGGGCUGCUACGGCCACGAACACUAGAGACGUGGCGCCACCGCCGCCGAAACUUCCGCCACGGUCGUCUCCUCAGCCUAAGGGGCCCAUCAUGGGUGAUCUAAUUGAUCUAUCGGAUGACCCCCCUCAACAGCCUGCUUAUGACCCUCGAACAAGCAGUCUCAACGCCAUGCAUGCCAGUAGAUCAACAGGUGACAUACCGCAAAGGAAAGGCCCACCACCACGUCCUGCCAAACCCACAGCACUACGCAGCUCGCCAGCAGAGAUCAAUACCGGCGGUGCUCCUCCCCCUCUGCCACCAAAGCCCCGCGAAUCUCCCCGUCCAAACACUUCGCAUCAGAACUCCUCAGCAUCAGCGUCAGCGCCCGGGUCAGGAUCAGGAUCCAGAGGUCCCGCCCCUCCCCCUCCACCACCCCGUCGCACCAGCACCGUCAACCUUUCCCAAUCCCAGUCACGACAAUCCCAACAACCACCCCUCCCCCCACCUCGCCGCGUCCAGACCACCAACUCCUCCUCCUACGAUUCCGACACUGACGAAUGGGGUCUUCCCCUUCCCCUUGAGAAUCGCACUUUGGGAAGUGGCAAUGGUGGUCGCUCCAACACCUUCCUCCCCGUCCGGCCCGCUACUUCUUACGACACCAUGAACGGGGUCAACGGCGCGUCUGUGUAUGCCACUAAUAACUCCGCUUCAGGAGGAGGUGCGAACUCGCCGGUGAACAAAAAGUUGGAGAUUUGGCUGAGACGAUUGGCAGAGGCACAUGAGCUGUUGGAAAAGCAGGGGGUCAAGUUGUAUACGUGGAGAGAGGGGAGGGAUGUGGUGGCGGAAGCGGAGGGGAUUGUCAGGGAAGCGAUGAGGGGGUUUAACCAAGGGGUGGGAGGGAGGAGGUCAUAGUGUGAUGGCUGUGUUGAUGGCCCUGGAGAUGUUGUUGAGGUGGAGGAGGUUAUCUGGGAUGCGGAUUUGUAUGUUUAUGGGGAUGGGAAACGAAGUGAUAGGGGUGGGAAGUGGUAUGGUUUGAGGUCUUAUAAGUAUACCCAUCGCGAUAGUAAGGACCGGAGGAGGGCAAGGUGGUCUACGGGUAUUGUGGGAAAUAUGUUAGGCCGUUGAGGGCAAAGCACAGAGGGAUCAUCGUGGAAUGAUGGGCGAAGCAUCGAAGAGAUUGGUAUAUAUUGGUAAUAUAUAGACAAACCUUUUAUUCUUAAAAGCGGGUGAAGAAAGCUGCUUUGCGAUCACUCUUUGAAGUCAUUCAACACCCAAG